CCCUAAUCAGGGCCCUACUCCUACUCCGGCCUGGGCCCCGGCCUCCGGUAGUGUAGGCAGAACUGCUACAUCUCCCGAUCUUGGCAGAGUGGCCUUUCCAAGUUGUUUGGAAUAAGUGUCCUGUGAGGCCCAGUGCAGCCUUCCCAGCCAUCUGAGCAAGGUGCUUCAGCUCCAGAACCUAUUGAAAGUCUGCAGGAAUAUUAUACUCAUCUAUGUAUCGAAAAGUCCCAGAAAGUUAAUUCUUUUAUAUUGCAUAUACUCAAAGGAGUGGAUAAAGAAAUUGAAAAGGGAUUGAAAGGAAUAACAUUAAACAUUGCUGGUAAUAAUCCCUCAAUGCCAGUGGAAAGAGUAACAGGCGACGAUUUUUUUAUUCUUUCCAAAACUUUAGAGAAGAAUCCAUAUAUUAAUGGUUUGGAUGUUAGAUACAACCUCAUUAGUGACGUUGGUGCAUACCAUGCUGCAAAACUGCUUCAGAAACAAUACAAUCUCAUUUACAUAAACCUUAUGUUUAAUGAUAUUGGGCCCAAAGGUGGAGAACUGAUUGCUAAAGCGCUACAUAAGGAUACAACUCUGAAAUACCUAAGAAUGACUGGAAACAAGAUUGAAAAUAAAGGUGGAAUGUUUUUUGCUGCAAUGCUACAAAUUAAUUCAACCUUAGAGAAGUUAGAUCUGGGUGAUUGUGAUCUGGGAAUGCAAAGUGUGAUAGCAUUUGCUACAGUCCUAACUCAAAACCAAACAAUUAAAGGAAUAACCCUAAACCGACCUAUACUGUACGGAGAACAGGACGAGUCCACAGUUCAUCUAGGCCACAUGUUAAAGGAAAAUCACUGGCUUGCUGAACUACACAUGAGUAAGCAUGAUGUGAAAAACUGUGGUCUAAAACACUUAUGUGAUGCACUGUAUCUGAACAGAAGCCUGCGCUACCUUGAUGUCAGCUGCAAUAAAAUAACUCAUGAUGGAAUGGUGUUUUUGGCUGCUGUACUGAAAAGCAAUACUACCCUGGAAGUAAUAGAUCUUUCUUUUAAUAGACUGGAAAAUGCAGGAGCAAAGAAUCUCAGUGAAACUCUCACUUCACACAACAGGAGUCUCAAAGCGUUGUCAGUAGUCAGCUGCAGCAUAGAGGGAGAAGGACUUGUUGCACUUUCACAAUCAAUGAAAACAAAUCCCAUACUCUCUAACAUCUAUAUUUGGGGAAACAAAUUUGAUGAGGCUACAUGUAUGGCAUAUGCAGGCUUAAUUCAAAUGGGCCGUCUAAAACCAGACAAUACAGACGUGGAACCAUUUGUGGUGGAUGGACAUGUGUAUCUUGCUGAAGUCUCCAAUGGCCUUAAAAAGCACUAUUACUGGACACCAACUUAUGGAAAUGCUCUCUGUCACUCAUCUAAUGCCGGUUUUAGUCUUGUACCAGUAGGUCAACAGCUAUGAAAACAGCUCUAAAGUAAUUUUCACACAUUUUUUUUAUUACGUUCACAGAGAUUAAUAUUUUAUUGCCUAUUUCUUUCAUAAAUUAUAAUAAAUUACUCUUGUCCAAUAUGUAAAAGAUAUGAUUAUAUUAAACUUUGUGUAACUAUCCAUU